GGCACCAGAAUAGGAUCCCUUGCUAGGGAUUCUGAUUGGGCGAGUGUUUUUUCGUUCUCGGCUCUGAUUGGCUAGCGGAUUGUGGCGCCAAAUACGAGGCGGGCAGGGCGGCGGACAUGGCUGUCGGUCCGGGUUAAGAGUCACAGCUGAGGACCUGAGCCUGGAGAUAUCAUCUUGUGUGCAGUGAGGACAUCACGCAGCGUCCUUGCUCAGCCCCGUGGUGCCCGGCCGCACGGUUUUCUGUGUAGAAGAUGGACAUGUCAAGCUCGGCCCCAGCUCCGCUCCGGGGCCCCGGCCGCCCCCAGGGGCUCCCCGUGGUCAAGGCUCUGUUCUCCCGCGAGGCUGACACCGCCUCUGCCCUGUCUCCAGUCACCAACCUGGCACUUAACAUGAACCAGCUGGCAGUCCUGGGCAGCCAAUGUGAAACUCCGAAACGCAAGCUGUUUGAUCGCUACGCCCUCCCCAGGACGCACUCCGCGGACUCCAUGGAUGCAGGUCUGGGUCUGGAUUCACCGUCUUCAAUGAGUUUAAGAGACCUGGAAGAAACGUUCGAAAAGGCGAUGUUUGACUCUGGCCGAUGCGUGAAUGCCAAGCUGCCUCUCGGGAGAAGGAGAUCCAUGCCGCAAAGCGGCUUCUCUUUUCGGCGGAACCUGUCGGAAUCGAUGGACUGUGAAUUGUUUCAUCUGAGUGACUCGGAAAACAAAGAAAAUGAGCCCUUCCAGUUCAAGCUGCCAGUAAGACCCAGAGGCACUGUGCGCUCACGGUUGCAUGCCAGUGGGAAGGAGGCUCUGGUGCACAGGCAGAAGUCGGCUCCGGCAUGUAUGUUUUCUUCACCUGUGAAGGAUUUUGAGAUUCGAUCUUGUGAUUUGCCAUUCGUAAGGAAAUCUUCCUGCACUUCCACCAGUACUGAGAGCAGUGAUGAUGGCUUCCUGGAUAUGCUGGAUGGAGACGAUACAGAGACAGAGCCGGAGAUCCCUCUCGGCGUUGCCAGUCUCCUGACGGCUCCCCUUGUUAUAAGACGCAUGGGGCCGUGUUAUGAGGCCGAAUCCCCUCUGUCCAGACCUACGCUGAAGAGGACGGAGAGGGCACAGGGAGACGUGCCGGAUAAAAUCAAGAGGCGGCGCAGCAUGUUUGAGGUGACGGAUGACCAUGACGCUGAAAGGACUGCGCACCUGGCCCGCUCGCAAUCCUUCUCCAGAGAGACCAUAGAAAAUAUAUUUGACAGCGACCAAAGGGAUCUGAUCGGAGACUUCUCUCAGGUCUUCCUCUUUCCCACCGUGAGCGGGAAACACCAAGAGCUACGGUACAUCACCCCGGAGAUGAUGAUAAAGAUAUCAAAUGGGCACUAUGACCCUUUCAUUGAGCGAUGUGUCAUCAUUGACUGCAGAUACCCCUACGAGUAUGAUGGCGGUCACAUAAAGGGUGCCAUCAACCUACACAUGGAGCAGGAGCUGCAAGACUACCUGCUGAAGAGCCCCAUCCAAUCUCACGGCUCUAAGCGAGUGGUAGUGAUCUUCCACUGCGAGUUCUCCUCCGAGCGGGGGCCGCGAAUGUGCAAGUUCCUCCGUGAGAAGGACCGGGACCAGAACGAGUAUCCCAAUCUGUACUACCCCGAGCUCUACAUCCUGGAAGGAGGUUACAAGGACUUCUACGCCAAGUUUAAGUCGUACUGCGAGCCGCAGAGCUACCGUCCUAUGCUGCACGAGGAUUUCCGGGAGGACCUGCGGAAAUUUCGCAUGAAAAGCCGGACCUGGGCCGGGGAGAGGAGCAAGCGAGAGCUGUACAGUCGCCUGAAGAAGCUGUGAGAUGUCAAUGGGGUGGUUUUUGUUUGUUUUUUUUAAAUCCUGCUGAGCGG